AGCCUCAUUCCAAAAAAUCAAUCAUCCCAUCAUACUUUGUCACUUUCUUUUCGUCCACCCAUUGCCCUAACUCACCCCAAAUUUCCUCUGCCUCGGCAGCACGGUUCACCCCCCUUAUUCCUGAAAUCAGAUCUUGUCUUACCCAUUUCUGCAGUAAAGUUUUGAUUUUUAUUUACUUUGGUGGGCACAAAGAACGAAUCUUUACUUAGGUGGUCAGGAGGCCUGUGUGACUUUUCAAUUUUUUUCACAGAGGGAGGGCAAGGAAGAAAGGAAAAAAAAAAAAAAAACCCUUUCAAUCUUUCGUCCUGUUUAACCCCCCCUACCAAAACCAUGUCCAUGGCUAUGGUUAUAUCGCCCCAAAAUCAACCUCUCCCUGAGAGCGCAAAUGGGCACCUCUCGGUUUCGUCAGGCUCCAACGCUUACCCUCCUGCGACGGCCCAGUACGAGGAGGUCGUGCAAAGCUCGGAGCUUUUCUGGGAAAAGCUCGAGGCUUUCCACCAAUCUUUUGGCACCAAAUUCAUGGUUCCUACGGUUGGAGGCAAGGCUCUUGAUCUGCAUCUCCUUUUUGUGGAGGUGACAUCACGUGGUGGUCUUGAAAAGGUGAUCAAAGAUCGUAAAUGGAAGGAAGUGAUUGUGGUGUUCAACUUCCCAACGACAAUAACCAGUGCAUCAUUUGUUUUGCGAAAGUACUAUAUGUCAUUGCUUUAUCACUUUGAGCAGGUCUAUUACUUCCACAGACAAGCCCCUUCACUUUCGGCUGCAGAUCCUGAAAGUGGAAAUGAGGUCGAGGGGUCAGUGGUCCAGAACAAUGGAGCGUCCACGAGCUUCAUAUCUAGUCACGGAAAUGCGAAACUGCAUCCUGGCUCUUCUGUAACUGGGUUCAUCGAUGGGAAAUUCGAUAACGGGUACCUCGUUACGGUGAAUUUGGGUAAUCAUGAACUGAAAGGGGUCCUGUAUCAUAUUCCUCAGGUCCUGCACAUGUCUCAGAGUGCUCUUCCUUCAGAAAUUCCUACUCGCCGGAAACGGAGAAGAGCGCGGAUGAAAUUACGCGACCCUUUUCGCCCCAAGUCCAACAGGAGUGGUUACAAUUUCUUCUUUGCUGAGCAUUAUGCGAGGCUAAAGCCUCAGUACUAUGGUCGUGAGAGAGCCAUCAGCAAGAAGAUUGGAUAUCUUUGGAAUAAUCUUACAGAGGCUGAAAAGCAGGUGUAUCAGGAGAAAGGCGUGAGGGACAAGGAGAGGUACAAGUCCGAGAUGCAGGAAUACCGAUCGUCUCAGGGUUUGAACAUCGGCAAAGUUUAGGCUCUCCUAGGUUAGUCUAGCUAGGCAUAGGCAAUCCAUGUUCUAGGGAAAACAAUUCUUGCGCUCGUUUCCUUUUCUUGGGCUCGUUGGACAUUCAUCCUUUUGGUAGUAUAUGUAUGAGUACCUUCGCACGCCUAUGCACGUCUGUCACUAAGGAGUCUCUUAUUUUGUCGAUGUAGACGUCGUGCAUGUGGUGUCGCUCUCGGUUUUCGGCUUUAUCGUCGGUUGAUAAGAACUGCUGACUGAAUCUCUUACUUUGAGCUAAGCUUGUAAUAUAUUUGGUGAAGUUUUAGUUUA